GUGUCCACGUCAAUCGUGACAGCCAGAGCCGAGCCGAUAAUGGCCGCAGUCGAGGUGGCACUUUCCGGGCGCUGUUCUGUUUGGACGGGCCGAAGAACCGCUGGAAACCCCCGCUAACACUCACCGUGGACCGGACGGACCUGUAGAUAAACCCUCGGUGUUACUAAUGAGCUGUUUUAGUGACAUAAAUGAUCGGUUAGCUCGGUUGUGUUGAAGAAUUCCUGCAGUUAAACGAUCAGCUGUGAUGAUCCGGGUUCGGUUCGGGGUCAAUGAGAGCCUGUCAGCCUGAAAACAGACUUCAGUCCCGACCUUUAAAGUUAAUCUCAGAGUCUUUUUAGUCUCGAGUUGAUCUUAAUGAGCAGAUUAUCCUCCCCGGAGUCCGAGCUAAGCUAACUAGCCUCCCCGGCCCCCCCUCUGCUUUGUUGUUGUUGUUCGGACCCGGACCCGGAGGAUGUCAUCGUGGCUCGGAGGACUCGGCUCCGGCCUCGGCCAGUCUCUGGGCCAGGUCGGAGGGAGUCUGUCCACCUUCACGGGACAGAUCUCCAACUUUACCAAAGACAUGCUGCUGGAGGGGGUCGAGGAGGUCGGAGGUGAGUGUCCACACCUGUCUGCUUUUUAACACACCUGAGAGAGAGAGACAAAGAGAGACAUCUGAGAGAGAGAGAGAGACAAAGAGAGACAUCUGAGAUAGAGACACCUGAGAGACAGAGAGAGACAUCUGAGAGAGGAGAAAGAGAGACAGACCCGAGAGAGAGACAGAGAGACACACCUGAGAGAGAGUCUUCUGUGCCUAGAUCGUGCACCAUCAUUAUUGGUCCCCUGACAGCUGACUUCUGUUUUGCUUUUUUAAAUUUGCAUCCUUUUAUUUUCACAGGAAGUAAAUUUUUUUACAUCGUGACUUUUUUUUGCAUCGUUAACUUUAGUCGUGAUUUUUUUUAAUCUUAUCUGCACCGUUUCUUUUUUUUUUUAUUUGCAGUGAGUUUCGGUUUCUUGUUUUGCAUCGGUAACUUCUGUUCUGACGUCUUUUUUUUUUUUUUUGCAUUCUUUAUUAUUUGCAGCAGUGGCCGUUCUCGGCCACCGCACAUUUUGUUGAGUAUCAUCAUCUAAUGUGUGACACAUCAAUAACAGAGUCAGAGGAUUUGGAGAAAAUGUCUAUUGAAGGGGAUAAAGCCCGGGACCUUAGAUUCAGCAUGCAAAAAACAUGAAAAUUAGACAUGACUCUGCAGUGGAAAUCACCGCAUCAGCUUCAAAUCACUUCCACAAUUUAUUUUCUGCACAUACAGUUUUCUGCCACAUCCAGAUAUGCAGGUUAAAAGUGUUUUUAUGAAUCCAGGUUAUAAAUCAAUAAUCACCAAACUGUCUAACUGUGACCCUGAUGGUGUGUAGUAUCCUCACUGAAAAUCCUCCAGCACCUGAAAAUCAAAAGAUUAUUGAUUAUUAACUGAUCCGAUCACAGUUAGUCUCUAAACACACACCUCCGGGUAAACCUUCUAUCAGCUGAGCAGAGAGGGUGACCGGGUUCACGGAGGACGAGUGGAGGAACCCCAGAAAUAAAACAGAGAAUAACUGAGAGGCUCAUGUUGGUUUUAUGAGGUUUAAAUAAAGAAAAGAGUUUAAAUCAAAAGUGCUGCUCCCUCUGUGACGUUUGUGAACCAGGAGGUGACGUCGGUCUAAAUCAGCUCAGAGAUAAAACAUCGACUGGAUGAGAACUUUGGCCACAAAUCUCCAACUCACAACUCCAGGAAGACGAGCUGUGAGAACGUUCGAGAUAUUUUGACUCUUUAAGAACAAAGAACAAGAGCUCAGUUUUAAUUCAGGCUUCAGUUUACAGACUCGCUGUGAAACUUUAAAUUUAAGGUUAUAAAAGGACUCUUUAACGUUUGAUGGUGUUUACGACUCCAGUGUGCAGUAACUCUGUUGAAACCAGACGUUUACACACACUAUAUAAAAAGGCACAUAAACUUUUUUUUUUAACACCGUCUAAAAUUAAAUCACAAUAAACUUUUCCUGUUUUUGGUCAAUUAGGAUUAUCGAAAUUAUUUUUAUUUGCUAAAUGCCAGAAAAGUGAGAGAGAGAAUUUUUUAGACAUUUUUUUAUUAUUAUCUCGAGAGUCAAAAGUGUCUGUAAACUUCUGGUUUCAACUGUAUGUGUGUGUGUGUGUGCAGCCAUGUCUUGUGUGUAUGUGUGUGUGCAGUCAUGUCUGUUGUGUGUCCAGCUGUUAAAGAUCACAUCGCUGUGAAAAGAUCUCCAGAAAUGUUGUCGCAUGUUUGUUUGUCAUGUGAUCCGGGUCAUGGAGAUCUGUGUGUCAGUCUGGGACUGAGAUAGAGAAGGAAAAAUGUUCACGAAUGUUUGUGUGCCGUGGUAGAUAAGAGGAAACACGACUCCAGGGUUUAGUACGUAUUUAAAGAACAUUUGUGGAGUUUAAACGGCAGAGUUAAGAAAAAGUGAAGAAAAAUGGAGGUUAAAAUCUGUCAAACUCAGUCGACAAAAACACUGAAAACUCAGGAGCUGCUUGUAUGAUAUGUUUUAUUGUUUGUUACAUGAACAUGAUGUUGUUGUUAGAGGGGGUAUGAUUAAAAAAAAUGGUCCAGACUUGAUAAAAAAAAACUCCUUCAACAACUGAGUAAACCUCAGGGCACCGCGGGGUCAGACCCUCAUGUAGUUACAGGUGUACAGGUGCAGACACAGGGGGUGGAGGGUGCAGAGAGCGGAAAAAAGAGCAUCUGCAAUAAACUCCCAACAGGUACGACAGCUCACACCAGACUAAAACACUCAGCUCACACUCGAGCAGACAAACUGGUUUAAAAGAGUGUGAAGAAAGCGGUCUGUCCCUGCAGAGAGACUUCCUGUCAAUCUGAGAGACUCUCAGCGGUAAAAUCUCAGUCUGUGAGUCUAAAAAUACAAACACUUUGAGUAAAUAAACUCUGAUUGAGAGAAUUUUCCUCCAGAGCUUUUCAGGUUCUUGUAGCAGGAUAUAAACCUCAAACAGAGCUGGUUCAUCGUGCCUGUUCGAUGAUUAUUAAUCAUGCUUCACACUCCCUCUCCAGCUGGUUGUGGUUUAUUCAUCGCUGUUUUCCUCCCUGUCACUGCAGAUGCUGCCACAGAGCUGCAGGUGUCCAAUUCCAAGUUGGCCGAAGUGGAAGCUGCGUUCGGCACUCAGAAAUCCGAGGUGAGACAUGGUGUUCACUUCCAGAACAAACUGUAUGUCAGACUCUCGGUGAACUCUGUGACUUUUUACAGCAGGACAAGUUUCAGAUAUCGACGUUAGAGUGAGUUUGUUCAGUUCAAGUUUUAAAGCAGAGCCCCGAGAGUAACUGCUGGAGCAUUUUCAGCUUCAUGUUUGAAGUCGGGCGUCUCUCGUCCUCCUGAGAAAGAUUUUUAAUCUCUGUGAGAGAGAGAGAGUCACAUGCUCUGCAGAGACGAACACAAAGAGGAGACUUUCCUGGUUAAAGUGUGUCUUAUAGAUGACUGUGGUCCCAACAGUCCAGUUUAAUAAAGACCGACUGCGGAUGUUAGAGACCUGGAUCCUCUACAUGAGCCGUAAUAACACUUUUAGUGAGUGGGAAACAGGGCUGAAACGAUUCCUCGAGUACCUCGAUUACGAAUAAUGCCUCCAGUUCUCGUUUAUAAGCUCAAAUCGUCACUGUGUCGCACGGAUUAUUUUCAAGGUGACACAACGCACUUACGUCACCACGGUAGAAGGAGGAAUAAGUGCGGUUUUGGUUUUUCAGAGCGGACAAAAAUGAACGAUAAGAGGGGCUUUUCUUCUGCAGAGCUCCUGGAGUUUGUUAGCUGUGGUAGAGACAGUGCUGCUCUGCACACUCGUCUUCAUGCUUGCAGCCUAACAUUGCUGGUGUACAGAGCCGACUGAAAAUGACGUCACACGGAAAAAGCAAAAUCGGAGGUGAAAAUGAGAUGGCUGCAUCUACAUCUUGCCUUGUCCGAAUAUAAGGCAAACGCUAAUAUAACUUUCAUAACUGUAGCCAUCUUGUUUCAGGCCUCCGAUUUUUCCUUUUUUCUCGACUUUUCCUGUUUGCGACACUUGUCCACAACUACCUGAUCUUUGGAUGUUCAGUGCACAUUUCACAGCAGAAGACACAUAACAGUAGCAGAGCUUUGACAAAUCGGCAGUAGAAGUGGAAGGUCAUCGACCUACAUCAGCAGCAGCACUGAAAUGUUUUUACUUUAUUUUAUUUUAUUUUUACAAUGAUAUAUAUUUGAUCAAACAUAAAGCAUCACUCAUACAAGCAUUGCAAUCCACUAAUGCACACGCUUGUUCCACAGUCGUCCUCUCUAUUUCUCAGAGUCUGGCCUUCAUAGCGGGUCUCAGGUGUUGUAGCUUGGAUUAGUGACGUAGGAAAUCUCACUGUAUGUGAGUCUGCCGUUCUGGUCAGAUUACUCGAUUAAUCGAUGGAAUAUUCGGUAGAAUACUCAAUUACAAAAAUAUUUGAUUGCUGCAGCCCUAGUGGGAAACAUACAAACUGCAGCCUGACUAGUUUGCACACGAAUUAAGCGAGUUGAUGAUUUUACUCACGCGUGGGGUGAACGCCCUUACAGACAACAACUCGUUACUAUUUAGUAGCAGCACACGCCCUCCGUAAUAACCCCCCGUAAAAACUGUCGUUCAGGACUGUGCACAACAUGCUUACUCGUGUUUCCUACCGACUCGACUACCGUAAUAAUCGUUGUUCUCGUCUACACACAACUUUUUUGUUCUCAUUCAUGAAAUGCUCAAAUCGGGGACACUUCCGGGGACAGGUCAUUCAAAAUACUCGAUAACUUAGAUAUUGGAUCGCUGUAGCCUGAGUGGGAAACACGCGAGCUGCAGCCGGACUCGUUCGUAGAGAAUCAAAUCUAGAGAAGAACGAAUCGAUCCUUCUGUACAAACUGUUCUCGUCUAUUUUAACUGCUUUGUGCGCCCUGGAGCUCCUCUUCUGCUCUGUAACGAUCACACUCAGACUCUCUGUGGUUUUUGUUGCAGUAUGACAGAUUGAAGAAGCUCUACGCAGAACUGGAGGAGAAGCUGGAGGCGUCAGAGAUCCAGAUUAAAGGACAGUCUGCAGAGUACCGGAACCUCCUGCAGCAGAAAGAUGUACGUGUGUUUGGUUCAUGUGUGAACUGAGGUUAAUAUUCAGAAUAAGAGCUGUAGAUGAUGGUUCAGGUCCAGCCUGAAUGUUCUACAGAAGUUAAGUUCAUUUGUUGGUGUCCAGGUGGAGAUCAGUCACCUCAAAGCCCGGCAGAGCGGACUCCAGGAGCAGGUCCAGAAGCUGCAGCAGUCGGCUCAGUCGGCCUCCGGCGGUCCCGCUCUGCUCCCCGUCACCACCUCCGCCGCGUCCACUACCUCCUCGUCUGUGUCCUCCUACCUGUCUCAGCCCGCGGGGGGGCACCAGGGUUUCCACGGCGACGACAUGGACCUCAGCGACGUCAUCUGGUCUCAGCAGGAGAUCAACCGUCUGUCCACAGAAGUCCUGCGGCUGGAGUCUGAGGUGGCUCACUGGAGGAGGAUGUCUCAGGUAGUUCUGGGAUUUCAAGACCUGCUUUUGUGGUUAGAGGAGCAGAUCCACGUUUGACACAAGGUUUGAUCGUUUUUUUCAGGCGUCCUCAGCGGCAGGAGGCGGGAACAGUGACCAGGGUGAGAUCCUCAAACUUCAGAGAACCGUGAAGGUGAAUUUUUGUCUCUGAAUCGUCAUGAAUGUGGAGAGGAAAUCUGAGUCACAGAUGGUUGGAUGAUGCGUCUCUGAGACCCCGACCUCUGCUUUAUUAUAUCAGGAGCUGCGAGAGGAGAUGAGUCGAGAGAUGGAUGAACACCAACAUGAACUGGCCGCCCUGCAGGACGCUCAGAGACAGAAGCUCGCCGACAUCACGCGGCGACACAGAGAGGAGUUAGCGGAGUACGAGGAGAGGAUCGAGGAGCUGGAGGAGCAGAGUCAGAGCGGUGAGGACCACUUUUAGACUUUUAUCAGGUCUGAUUCCUACAAAGUUUGGCGUUUGAGUCAUGAGAUGUUUCCUUCAGGCGGAGGUCAAGCUUCUUCCUCGUCAGACCUUCAGAGGACCAUCGGCUCCCUGGAGAAGCAGCUGGAGGAGGCGCGGCAGAAGGAGUCCUCGCUGCAGCUGGAGAAAGAGGAAGUCCAGGCGGAGAACGCCGGGCUGCUGCAGAACUACACACGGCUGCAGGCCUCCGUCACCGAGCUCCAGACCAGGGUGCAGGAGCAGGAGGGGAAGGCUCUGCAGAAGGCCCAGCUGGAGCAGGAGAUCCAGCUGCUGAGGAGGAACCUCUCAGGUACAAGAUCUUUAAAGCCCCUUCUUAUCGUCUUAAUGUUGAAUGACACUCUGAGGAUGAACAUGGAUGCCUUAAUUUUAUGAUUUUAAUAAUAUUUCAACUCAAACUUCGACUUUUCAGAUGCAGAAAAAGAAAUCGAGAGACUGAAGAUCGAGGCAGAGGUGAUUUCUAACAUACAUCAUGAUCCUUUCAUUGUUUUAGACACGUGUUUACACCUGAAGUCGUGUUUUUAAUAUUUAGUUUCAUGACUUUUUAAUGUUGUUGUUCAUCAGGCUGAACCAAAGGAAGAGGAGGAAGUGGAGCACGCGGAUAUUUUAGAGCUGAACACCAUCAUCGGGACUCUGAGGCGAGAGAAAGAAACCAUAGAGCAGGAAAAGGUGAGAACGUGUUGUUUUAAAAAAGAGUUUUUAAGAGAAACAGAAAAAGUUUCAAAGUUAAUCGUUCAUUUUUUUCACAGGUUGAACUUCAGGAGAGACUGAAAACGGCGGAGGAGCGUGGACUCACCAAAAAAGAGGCGGAGUCAGGAGAUUCAGAGUCGGGGUUGGAGGAUCUUCAGGCGGAGCUGGAGAGGAGAGAAGAAGCUCUGAGGAACACGGAGGAGGAGCGAGACACCCUGAUGUCCGAGCUGGAGGAGCUGGACCGACAGAACCAGGAGGCCACACAGGUGUGUGUGUGUGUGUGUGUGUGUGUGUGUGUGUGUGUGUGUGUGUGUGUGUGUGUGUGUGUGUGUGUGGACAUCUUCAUUUUCUCAUAUUUUUAUUCUUUCUUUCUCUUUUUUUUGACUUUUUCUUUCUUAGAAGAUCUGCUCCUCUUCCUCUCCUUCAUCACUUCACCUUCUUCUUCAUUUCCUUCAUCUCCUCACCUCCUCCUUCUUACUUGCUCCCUUUCUCCUCCACUUAUCCUUCUUCUUUUCCUUCUCUGUCCUCCCCAAAAUUCCUCUCUCCUCCUCCCCUCCCUCUUUCCUUUCAGCCUCUUCUUCAUCACCUUCUCCUCCUUUUCUUCUUCUUCUUCUUCUUCUUCUUCUUCUUUUUCUUCUUCUUCCUCCUCCUCCUUCUUCUUGUUCUUCUUCUCUUUAUUCCUCUUCUCCUCCUUCUCCUCCUUCUUUGUCUUCUUCUUUUUCUUACCCUUCUUCUCCUCCCCCUUCUUCUUCAUCUUCUCUUUAUUCCUCCUCCUUUUCGUCUUCAUCUCCUCCUCUUCCUCCUUUUUCUUCUCCUCCUCCUCUUCUGCAGAUUCCUGUCCACUUCUCCUUCCUCUCUAUUCCUCCUCUUUCUCUACCUUCUUCCUCUUUCUUUUUCCUCCUUCUCCACCUUUUCUUCUUCACUUGUCCUUCUUCUUCUGUCUUUCCCCAAAUUCUUUUCUUCUCUUCUUGUCCCCACCCUCUUUCUUCUCCUCCUCCUCCUUUUUCAUCUCCUCCUCCUUCUUUCCUUUCCUAUCUCCUUCCUCCCUCCUCCUUCUCCUCCCUCCUUCUCCAAACAGAUCUUUUAAAAAACACGAUAAAAAAUUUUACGUCCAGAAAACUUUUAUAAAAAUAAAAACAGUUUUUACUCGUCGACUCUGAUCUCCGUCUUUUGUUUCUCCAGCACAUGAUCUCUGUGAAGGAGCAGCUCAGCGCGCAGCUGAAGGACUCAGAGACCGAACUGAGAAGACUGACGGCGGAGCUGGACAAGACCCAAGACCAGAAGAAGGAGCUGGAACAGGAGCUGGAGACCCAGAAGGAGAAGAUGAGCCAGAGCGCCUUCACCCUGAACGACCUCCACAUGAGCAAACAGCAGCUGGAGGCGACGGUGAAGGAGCUGAGGGACAACCUGGGACAGGUGCAGGAGCAGAGCAGGGAGGCGCGGAGAGAAACCACGGAGCUGAGGAGGACCCUGCAGGAGACCGAGGAGAAGCUGUCCGCAGCCAGAGCAGAACUGGAUCAGGAAGGACCGAGAGGAACCAAGACACCAGGGAUGGAGGAGAAGAUUACAGAGAAGGAGAAGGAGCUAUCAGAGCUGAGGAGGGAGUUAGCAGAGGUGCAGAGCUCCAAGGAGAAGGUGAUUGGGGAGGACUACGAGCUGAAGAUGGAGAACAGGAAGUUGAAGGAGGAGAGAGAGGAAGCAAACAGGCUGAUGAAGGAAACACAAGCCGGUCUGAACCGGACCGUCCUGGAGAAGGACACUCGGAUCGAAGCUCUGAAGCUGGAGAAGAACCAGCUGGAGGGUGAGCUGAGGCAGGCGGAGAGCACGCUGACCGAGCAGGCCAGGCAGUACCAGCAGACCGUCGAGGAGCUGACCAGAGCGCGCUCCAUGGACGCCUCGGCUCUGCAGACGGAACACGAGCGGACCAUCAGACUCAACCAGGAGAAAGACCUGGAGAUCGCUCAGCUGAAAAGGGACAUGGAGCAGCUGGCGUCCGACCACAGAGACACCAACGAGAUGCUCUCGAUCACGGUGGCGGGACAGAAGCAGCUGACGGAUCUGCUGCAGGAGAAAGACGUCUUCAUGGACACUCUGAAGCAGAACGCCUCUGACCUUCAGAGCGAGAUGGAGAGCAGGAUCUCAGCCGCAUCGAAGGAGGCUGAAGGUCUGAAGCAGGCGCUGGAGGAGAAGGACAAACAGCUGGGAGGCAUGAAGGAGGAGAACAGCCACCUGAAGGAGGAGAUCGAUCGACUCAGGGACCAGCAGAGCCGACCUCAGCCUCUGUCCGAGCCCAGGACCUUAGAAAUCAUCACGGAGCUGGAGACGGAGAUCACACAGCUCAAGUCCUGCAAGAACCGACUGGAGGAGGAGGUCCAGACUCUGAGGAGGAGCUCCGAGGAGCAGCAGGCCUCUCUCCUCCUGUCGCAGCAGUCCCUCCAGACUCAGCAGAGCGAGCUGGAGCAGGCCCACGCUCGCCAUCAGCAGACCACGCUCAACUACGACAGACUCAUCCACGCCAGAGACGAGGAGAUCUCCCGCCUUCAGCAGACCGUGGAUCAGCUGAGCGAGAGUCGAGGUCGAGCGGACUCUCCUCCCGUGCAGGGGGAGGUCAUCCUGCAGGAGGAGAAGACCCAGACCCUAAACCAGGAGAACGGCAACGAGAAACACGACCUGUCGAAGGUGGAGAUCCAAAAACUGGUGAAAGGCAUCAAGGAGAAGGAGACGGAGAUCAGCCAGCUGAACGAGAAGAACCUCUCCCUCGCCAAACAGCUCGAUCAGCUGGUGGUGUCUCGAGACGAAGUGGGCAAACUCUCCCAGAUGAUCCGGCAGAAGGACCUGGAGAUCCAGGCUCUUCACGCCAGAGUCUCCCUGGGGAACAGCAGUCAGGACGUCCUGUUCCUCCAGCAGCAGCUGCAGGCGUACGCCGUGGAGCGAGAGCAGGUCCUCUCCGUCCUCAACGAGAAGACCCGCGAGAACAGCCAGCUCCGCUCCGACUAUCACCGCCUCAUGGACAUCAUGGCGGGGAAGGAGGCCGCUCUGCUGAAGCUCCAACAGGAGAACCAACGCCUCUCCAACAUGAGCGACCCCUCGGGGAGCCAGGAGAUGUUCAAGGAGACCAUCCAGAACCUGUCCCGCAUCAUCAGGGAGAAGGACAUCGAGAUCGACGCUCUGACCCAGAAGUGCCAAACCCUGGUGACCGUCCUGCAGACCUCGGGAGGAGAGUCGGGACCCGGUUCUGGCGGCGUCAGCAGCAACCAGUUUGAGGAGCUGCUGCAGGAGCGGGACACGCUGAAGCAGCAGGUGAAGAAGAUGGAGGAGUGGAAGCAGCAGGUGAUCACCACCGUCAAGAACAUGCAGCACGAGUCUGCUCAGCUGCAGGAGGAGCUGAUCAAACUUCAGGGUCAGGUCUCCGCCGACAGCGACUGCAGCUCCAAGCUCUCGGUGGACUACACCCGCCUGAUCCAGAGCUACGAGCAGAAGGAGAGGAGGCUGGGGUCUCUGAGCCAGGAGCUCGCUCAGGUCCAGCAGACCAUCACCCGGCUCAGCUCCACCAAAGACGUCCUGCUGGGGAAACUGGACAGCGUAGCUCAGACUCCUGAAGUCGCAGCUGCUCAGUCAGGCGGACCUUCGCUCAGAGCUGAAGCUCCGGGUCAGCAGACGUCUGCAGGAGAUGGUGAAGAACUUCAGGAGGAACUUACAAGAUUACGAUCUCAGCUGGCCGAGAGAGAAAACACGAUCAGGACGAUUCAGGAGAACAACCACAGACUGUCCAACUCGGCGUCCGCCUCAGAGAUGGAGCAGAGGAACCAGGCGGAGGAGGUCCGGCAGGUCAAAGAGAGGCUGGAGACCCUUCAGAGGUCCGUGAGGGAGAAAGACCUGCUCAUCAAGACCAAAGGGGACCAGCUGAACCAGGUCAGCGAGACCCUGCGCAACCGAGAGAACGACAACGAGGUUCUGAAGCAGGCGGUGACCAACCUGAAGGAGCGGGCGCUGAUCCUGGAGUUAGACGUGAAGAAGCUGAAGGAGGAGAACGAGAUGGUGGCCGCGCGCUCUCGAGAGAAAGAGUCCGAGUUCAGAGCGCUGCAGGAGACCAACAUGCAGGUUUCUCUGCUGCUGAGGGAGAAGGAGUUCGAGCUGAGCGCCGUGAGCGAGAAGGCCGCCACCGUGGAGAGGAUGCUGAAGGACAAAGAGCAGGUCAGUUAGCGACACAGAGAUCGUGGAGGAACGCCGUUAUCUGGAGUUUCCUCAUGUCUGUUUGUUCUGUGACGCAGGGUAAGUCCGGCGAGCUGAAUCAGCUUCUGAACGAGCUGAAGUCCAUGCAGGAGAAAGCCGUGGCCUUCCAGCAGGAGAGGGAUCAGGUGAUGAUGGCGCUGAAGCAGAAGCAGAUGGAGACCACGGCGGUGCAGACGGAGGUAGGAGGACGGCGGAUGAUUCUCGAAUAAAUUUGUCGUAUUCAAAGAUCUCAGCAGGUAAAUCCACGUCUCUGUUUCCUUCGCAGCUUCAGCACAUGAGGGACAAAGAGCAGCGUCUCAACCUGGAGCUGGAGAGGUUACGGAACCACCUGCUGGAGAUCGAGGACUCGUACACCAGAGAAGCUCUGUCGGCGGAGGACCGGGAGACGGAGCUGCGCAGGAAGGUGGCGAUGCUGGACGAGAGGCUGGUCACCUCCUCCAGCGCCAUGGAGAACACCAGGUCAGUCACAGGUCUGAUCGAAAACUUUCAUGAUUCAGAUUCAAGAUCUUUGAGCGUCUGUCUGUUCGUUCCUCCAGCCAACAGGCCAGCAUGCAGGUGGAGUCUCUGCAGGAGCAGCUGAGCGGAGCGGUGAAGCAGAGGGACGAAGCUCUGGUACGACUCAGGACCUCCCAGGAGCAGGUCAACCAGUAUGCAGUGUCGCUGUCCAACCUGCAGAUGGUGCUGGAGCAGUUUCAACAAGGCGAGUCAGAGAGACGUCAGAAACUAGGAAACUGUCUGUGAAAUCUCCUCUAAUCCUUUAAAAAUCGUCUCUCCUAACAGAGGAGAAAGCCAUGUACUCGGCCGAGCUCGACAAGCACCGGAGAGAGAAGGAGGAGUGGAGGAGGAAAGCGGAGAAGCUGGAGGACCAGGCAGCUUCACUCCAGGUAAGAACCCCAGACCAGGUCCUGACCCCUGACCCUAAAGCUGCGGUUAAAUUACAGAUUCUGUCGUUCUCUCCUUCAGAUAAACCUCGAUGAAGCCAACGCCGCUCUGGAUUCAGCCUCUCGUCUCACCGAUCAGCUGGACCUGAAGGAGGAGCAGAUCGAGGAGCUGAAAAGUCAAGGUGAGCUUCGCCGCGUCCGUCAUUUCCUCGCAUGUCAGACGAUUUAAAGACAUCUCCACAUGGCGGCCGUAAAUAAACUCCUCCCGCUGCGCUCUCAGCACCACUCACUGUCAUAAAACGCAUCUGUCAGUCUUUGCAUGCAACGUCCGUCUGAACAUCCGCUCCAUAUUUCUGUCUUUAAGAUGCACAUGUUCACAUCAUCCACCUUAAAAAAACCGUGGUUCGUAUUUCGUGUCACACUCGGCAGAUUUCUCGUUAUCUCGCUCAGACACGACGUUACAUCACGGCCAAAUUCCCAGACUGUAUUUCUUUUCCCUCUCGCUCUCUGGCGUGGCGUUCAAUCACAGCUGAUACGAGGCCGUGAAGUCUGUUUUCUUUACCAACCGCUCACCUCUGGAAACUUUACAUUAGGUCUGUUUAGAGUCAGACGGCUGUGGGAAUUCUCAGUCUGACCUUUGAAAGAUAACUCUGGAAUGUCUGUGAGAAUUUACCCCAUUUUAUUUAGUCUCAGUUUUCAGAUAUUUAGGAGAAAGAUGAUAAGACGGCUGCGUACUCUACAAACAUUUGCUUUUUUUAACACACAAAUCAUGCACAGAGUCGGCUGUUUGCAAACAUUUUAUUUUAUUUUGCACGUAUUUGAAGAGACGAGCGCUCAGUCUGCAGAAAACACCUUAAACGUGCGAGCUUCAUGUUCUUUUCGUCAGUAUUUUUUCACGUAUCCUUGAAGUUUACGGAUACGGGUCAGACGGAGCAGUACCACCGGAAACCAUGGGGGGCAGUGUUGAAGAAGACACGAAGAAGACAAUGGCGAGGCUUUUUGAAGGUCGAGGCAUUUAGCAGCCUGACCGACCACCGCCUUCUCCAACGCGAUAAUUGUUUUUGUAGGACGAUAGGGAAAAGUCCCGCCUCCUUCGCCUCUGAUUGGCUAGAAAAGCUGGAAACGUCAUCACACGCUCAAGCCGAACUCAGGCUGUCGGCUCCGUACAUCAAACAGAACUUUUCAGAACAUUAUUGCACUUCUGAAUCUCCUAAUCCUAAUCCUAAUCCGACAGACGAUGACGCUUCACAGCCAUAAAGAAUAACCAAUUGAAGCCCAGCACUUUCUAGCCAAUCAGAGGCAAAGGAGGGCGGGACCUUCUCCUACCAUUCUACAAAAAAAAAAAUUGCUUUUGACUCCGGCCUGCCCCCUGGUGGAUGUAAUGGUUAACACUAAUGACAACCUAAACGACGUAUAUGUGGGCAGUGACGGAAACAUCGUUUGAAACCGGCGCAUACUUUUUCAUGCGUAUGGCGAGCAGAAAUCAGCGUUUAUUCUCUUUCACCUGUGCUGAAGCCAAGCACGGUUACAGGGGGAUCAAACCUGCAGCUUCACCUGCAAACACGAGGUAUUGACAAUAAUCAUCUUAAAAAUUAAGACGAAUUAUUGAUAUCGUGUUAAAAACAGAAGCGGCAGAUUGGUCAUGAAUUAGUCGUAGCAGACGUCUAAGAGAUGAGUGUCCUGGUCUGGAUUAGGGGUCCAGCCGCUCUUUAUUUGAGGAUUUAUGGUGGUCCUGACUCAGUUUGUCGGUUUGAAGGAUUUAAAAACUUACAUUUUCUCUGUCUGUGUUUUCUUGUUUCAGUGGAUGUGAGACAGGAGAUGCUGGAGGAGGCUCAGAAGAAACUCAUGAACCUCCUGAACAGCACAGAGGGGAAGAUAGACAAGUAAGUAAAACCGUCUUUGGAUCGAAUCCUACAUACUUUGAUUCAUUUAAUUUAGAUUUAAUGAGCAAAAACAUAUAAAAAUCUCAGCAGGCGUCCAAAAAUAACUAAAAUGACCCUCCUGUAAUUUAAAGAAAUCAAUCUUAGAGUCCAGAAUGAAAAUCUGAUUACGUCUGAGAGGGUCAGAAGUGAAAAAUGUUCGAAAAGUUCUUUAACGUGAACUUCACAAACUCUCUGAAAGUGAAUUCUUGGCUUUUCUUUUACCUCCAUAAUUCCUGUCCUGUCCCCUCUCCAGAGUCCUGAUGCGAAACCUGUUCUUGGGAUACUUCCACACGCCUAAAACCAAGCGAGCGGACGUGCUGAGGCUCAUGGGAAGUGUGCUGGGACUGAACAGAGAGGAGGUGGACAAGGUGAGGGGGCUGAAAACUUCUUCUUUCUUCUGUUUUAUUUCAGUCCUACAAGUUACCAGGAGUCGUACUUUUCAAAAUAAAAGCAUAGUUUGACCAAACGGGGGAUAAAACAACCUCAACUGAAGAUAGAAAAUUUCAAAAUAAAAGCAUAGUGUGACCAAAGGGGGAUAAAACGACCUCAACUGAAGAUAGAAAAUUUCAAAAUAAAAGCAUAGUUUGACCAAGCGAGGGGAUAAAACAACCUCAACUGAAGAUAGAAAAUUUCAAAAUAAAAGCAUAGUUUGACCGAAGGGGGAUAAAACAACCUCAACUGAAGAUAGAAAAUUUCAAAAUAAAAGCAUAGUUUGACCAAGCGAGGGGAUAAAACAACCUCAACUGAAGAUAGAAAAUUUCAAAAUAAAAGCAUAGUUUGACCAAAGGGGGAUAAAACAACCUCAACUGAAGAUAGAAAAUUUCAAAAUAAAAGCAUAGUUUGACCAAAGGGGGAUAAAACAACCUAAACUGAAGAUAGAAAAUUUCAAAAUAAAAGCAUAGUUUGACCAAAGGAGGAUAAAACAACCUCAACUGAAGAUAGAAAUUUUCAAAAUAAAAGCAUAGUUUGACCAAACGGGGGAUAAAACAACCUCAACUGAAGAUAGAAAAUUUCAAAAUAAAAGCAUAGUUUGACCAAAGGAGGAUAAAACAACCUCAACUGAAGGUAGAAAAUUUCAAAAUAAAAACAUAGUUUGACCAAAGGAGGAUAAACCAACCUAAACUGAAGGUAGAAAAUUUCAAAAUAAAAGCAUGACUGUCUUUUUGGAGGUUUUGUCUGACUUUGACAUGCAUGAGUGAAGUUUAUGAAGUAUUCUGUUGCUCCACCCUGACUUUAAGACGGGGGUCAGGCCAGAUCGGUAUAGAUUAUAAGUAUAUAGAAGUCACUCUAUGGAGAACACAUUUACUGAGUCUGAUCUACAUCCUGUCUUCUGCACCUGCGCUCAGCUGAACGUCUGAUUUACCGGCCUUUAUUUUUGCUCUGACUCUUCAUCCGGAUGUAUUUUGAUUUUCUUCCAAAAGUCGUUGCAAAAUUUCACCUUCGACGACACGCUCUCUUGCGACACGUUCACACUCAUGCUCCAAGAAACAGGAAAUGACCGGAGUCGGUCGGACUCGGUCUGUAAAAUUUCACGCUUGUUUAUCUCAAAGUGGUUCAGAUGGUUCAGUUUUUUCUUUUUUCACUCUGGUCCAGUUUGAUGGACUUUUAUUGACUCACCGCCCCGGAUCACUCUGACCUGUAACGGUUCCAGUUCAGCGCAACACGCCCCCGAGAGACGAACAGGAAACCCUCAAACUCUGCUAGAUUUUGAUCCUGAUCCUGAUCCAGACCUGCAGGCAGCAUGUGUGACCAGAGGAAAUUACCCAACACUCUUAGAGGGAAACAGAUCCAGUGUGAGGGACAAACGCAAUUAGAGUAGAACUCCUUUUAUUGUCUGUGAUUUAAAGUCUCCCCGCUCUUCUGUUAAUGUCGUCGAGUUUUCCACUCAACUCGGGUUCGCCGCAGCCAAACGUCCCACAAACCAGACCGUAACUCAGAGUCAGGGGGAGCAGAGCCUGCGCCCAGUCCACACUCUCCAUAUCUAAAUACCGGGUCAGAGCCGCUGGACUCUGCCAGGCGACUGACUUUGAUGGUGAGGGAGCGUGAAUGGAGGAGGAGGAGGAGGAGGAGUGAGCUGUCAGCGGAGAGUCCGACCGCCUGUGUUUGAGUUUAAAAAGCCACAAAACCGUUUUCCAGAGAGUGAUGGCAGGAAGAGAGGAAAGUGAAACUGUAAUAAUCAGAGAAGCUCUUUGAACAGAGGAGGAAAUCUUCAGGCUGAACAAACAGACUGUCAUGUUAAAGUCGCUGCCCUGAUGGAUCUCUCAGUUCGCUCUAAUGAAGGAGAAUCUGAUCUCCCUCUGAUGGUUUUAGAAUCGUCUGUUACUCUUCGCCGUUUCUCCACAGAUGCUGGAGGAGGACGGACGGCACGGCGUGACCGGGUGGGUGUCGAGUUGGCUCGGCGGCAGAGGAGCACAGAGCGUCCCGAACACUCCUCAGAGGCCCACCAGCGGCCCCGGGUUCAACACGGUAAGAAACAUCACAACCCCGGUCCGGAUCAGGAGCUCCCGGGUCAUCUCACUAACCCCCCUGACCUUUUGUUGUUGCAGUCCUUCUCUGAGAUGUUUGUCAAGUUCCUGGAGAUCGAGUCCACCCCCUCUCUGCCUGCGCCGAAGCUUCCAGUCCACGACUUCAAGCCUCUGAACGCCCCGCCUCCGAGGAGAACCGGCGGCGCUGCUUCCAGCACUUCCACGGGUAAACGAGUCCUGAGGGAUCAGCCGCCUCCAGGAUCCUAGUCUCUCUCUUAAUAAGUCAUGUCAGACAGAAGCUCUUGUUCUUUUUCCCACAAACAUGAUUUCAUCUCUUCUUCUUCUUCUUCUUCUCUCAGGAGCCGCAGCGGUCGGGAAAAGACCCGCAGACUUGAACCCUUUCCUGGCCCCUCGCUCUGCCGCGGUGCCCCUGCUGGCCGGUUCUGGUUCUGGAGGCUCAGGAGGGGGUCACCUGCUGAUGAAGCCCAUCUCUGACAACCUGCCCACCUUCACGCCUGUGCCGGUCUCAGCCGAGGCCAGCGCCGGAGCCGUGCUGAAAGACUUGUUGAAGCAGUGAUGAACUUUGACACUACAGACUGAGCUGACGGAGCAGAUCUGCGUCUGACUGCUGCUCUCUUUUCCUUUCCCUCAGAAUAAAAACUCUGAGAACUCAAAGUCCUAAAGGGUCAUUCUGGUGUUUUAAACCUGGACCUCCUUCUUCUACUUUAGGGGGUCUGAUGGACUCCAUCUGCUCCUGUAGGUCACCUCAGCCUGCAGCAGUGAGACCCUGCAGGUGUCUCUGAACCACUUCAGCUUGUUUUUGUUGUCGUGUGACUUUAGAGUCUUUACCGGCUUAUUUUUAAUCCAACGUAGUAUUUGUCUGAAACAGAACUAGACAGAAACAUCAGGAACCGACCGACUGACUGACUGACUGACUGACUGAGGCCGCGGUCGACCACAAACCGAGGCUGAAAUGACUGUUUUUGUCAGUAGAGAGAGAGAGAGAUAACGGCUGAAUCUUGUUUCAAAAAUGCAACUUAGUCCUGGGAAUAUCUUUAGGACUCUUCUUUAGGACACUUUAAAGGGAUAGUUUGCGUUUUUUUUUAGCAGGGUUGAUAAAAAACUUGUCAAAAGGAACCGUCAUCCAGCUCAGUCCUGGUUUUUUACUCGGAAACGUAGCUCUAAACUCUUACUGAGAAACGUUCGAAAGCUCGAACCCGUAAUUAGAUUUUGCUGCAAGUUUCUGCUCCAUUUAGAUGUUUUCUUCUGCACUUUGUCUUCAGAAAACCUCACUGUACACACACAUACUCCAGUCCUCAGUGUCUCUAAAUUAUCGUGCGUUUUGGUAUUUUUAAUGAACUCUGAACAGAAUCAGCAGAGUGGAAUCCUCACAGUAAAAAACACUCAAAGUUUCUCCUCUUACUGAAUCUACCUCCAAACAGAACAAAACAACAUUUGAUCAUAGUUCUCUGUUAUUUUAAAUGUCUGUAUUCAGCACUUUAAACACGUCCAUUCAGUCGACUCGUUCAUGGGCCGAUAUUCUAAGACCAGACUCCCUAAAACCAGCCGAGCAAACUUGUCUAAAAAAACCCGAACUGUCCCUUUAAUUGAGCAAACUCAGAUUAGAUGAAUUUGAAACGAUCGGAGUUUCCCACUCCUGCCAGCCGAGGUCAUCUACUCAUCGCUGUUCAGUAUUCAGACACUAACCUGCUGUUUAAAACACCAGAAUCGCCCUUUAAUCCUUCCUUUUGUUCCUGAAGAGAUUAAAACAACGAUCUUAUUUUUCUUUAUUGCUGUUCUAUGCAACAGAAUCUCCCUUUAUGCAUCCGUUCAAGUUUGUCCCCCUCAUCGUUAUUGACAGGUGUCGGUCCGGAGGUUGAAAAAGGAGACGAGGCGGAGACAUUUUUUCAGCUUCUAGCUCAGAUGAUAGAAAAGUGUCCUUUUUUGAUGGUAGGUAAGUCUUAUUUUCCUCGUUCUGAACACUCUGAAGUGACCUUCCAGCCUCACGGUGUGCAGUUCCAGACGUGUGGGCGGAGUUUCUCGUCACCUCUCUCUGCAGGAGGAAACACCUGGUGUAUUUCAGUUUCCAUCCUUAUUUCUCGUUUUCGGAGUUCUCUUUCUCUUUUUCUCUUUUUCUCUUUUUCUCUUCGACGAUGCGGUCUCUGAUCCAGGACUCGUCUGAACCGUCUCUGGCAGCGGCCCGGCUGUGUGCAGAUUUAUGUGGUUCACUACAUCUGUUAGAACCAUAAAGACGUUUUUCUGCUAAAUCUUGUCUUUUCCAGACAGCCAGACUGUGAUAUGCAAUAAGUGUUGUAAUUGUGGCUGUGGCUGCAGACUGCGGUCCAUCAGAGGUUGGAGACUGCUCUUCUGUUUCACUUAUAGUACUGUUAUAUAGUUACACAAAUGUAAAUGGGUGGACUUUUUCCUAUUUAUGGGCACAGGGGGAGUUUGGGAAGUUAAGUGCCUGCAUUUUUGCUAAUUAGAUAGUUGUAUAAUCAGGAUUGUAAAUGUUAAAUAUAAAUAUAUAUAUAUAUUUACAAAGUGUACAAACUGCACAUUGAGAAGUUUUACCUGACCAGAGGCGGCGGCGGUGAAACCGAGCUGCUCUACUUUUUUAAAGGCGUCAAUCAGCCGCUGCAGAAGGAAUGUUACAGGGUUUUUCCAGGUGUAUCGAUGAAAUGUACAAACUGUAAAUCCGGGCUGUUAAAGAACUUUUGUAGAUCUGGAACUUAGAGGUGUCAAAACAGCCUGGGAUUACCUUGAACUCUGAUAAUCUGAACUCUGAGGUUAGUACCCGUUCACUUUGAUUGGAUUUUGAGAUCAAAUAAAGGUACUGCUGACCCUUACCUGA